AUGCUUUCUUUAUUUUCUUUCUUUCUUUCUUUCUUUCUUUCUUUCUUUCUUUCUUUCUUUCUUUCUUUCUUUCCCUCCUGCUGCCAAAAUCAAGAUCCAUGUAUUUAUUAUAUUUCAUCCAUUGUUUUCCUUUCAUUAUUUCAUCCAUUGUUUUCCAUUCAUUAUUUCAGCCAUUGCUUUCCUUUCAUUAUUUUAUCCAUUGUUUUCCAUUCAUUAUUUCAUCCAUUGCUUUCCUUUCAUUAUUUGAUCGAAUCAUUGUUUAUUGUUUUCAUCCAUUCAUUAUUUCAUCGAUUGCCAUUGCUUUCCUUUCAUUUAUUUCAUCCAUUUGAAACUUUCCUUUCAUUAUUUCAUCGAUUGUUUUUAAUUCAUUAUUUCAGCCAUUGCUUUCCUUUCAUUAUUUCAUCAAUUAUUUUAUUUUUUUCAUUCAUUAUUUCAGCCAUUGCUUUCCUUUCAUUAUUUCAUCCAUUGUUUUUCAUCCUUUUUCAUUAUUUUUCAUCCAUUGUUUACUUUCAUUAUUUCAUCCAUUGUUUUCCUUUCCUUUCAUUAUUUCAUCCAUUGUUUUUCAUUCAUUAUUUCCAUUCAUUAUUUAUUUCCUUUCCUUUCAUUAUUUCAUCCAUUGUUUUCCAUUCAUUUUUUCAUCCAUUGUUUUCUAUUCAUUAUUUCAUCCAUUGUUUUCCUUUCAUUAUUUCAUCCAUUGUUUUCCAUUCAUUAUUACAUCCAUUGCUUUCCUUUCAUUAUUUCAUCCAUUGUUUUCCUUUCAUUAUUUCAUCCAUUGCUUUCCAUUCAUUAUUUAAUCCAUUGCUUUCCUUUCAUUAUUUCAUCCAUUGUUUUCCAGCCAUUGCUUUCCUUUCAUUAUUUCAUCCAUUGUUUUCAAUUCAUUAUUUCAUCCAUUGUUUUCCAUUCAUUAUUUCAUCCAUUGUUUUCCAUUCAUUACUUCAUCCAUUGUUUUCCUUUCAUUUUUCAUUAUUGUUUUCCAUUGUUUUUUCCAUUGUUUUCAUUCAUUAUUUCAUCCAUUGCUUUCUUUUCAUUAUUUCAUCCAUUGCUUUCCUUUCAUUAUUUCAUCCAUUGUUUUCCAUUCAUUAUUUAAUUGCUUUCCUUUCAUUAUUUCAUUCAUUGUUUCUUUCAUUAUUUCAUCCAUUGUUAUUUUCCAGUUAUUAUUUCAGCCAUUGGUUUCGAUUGUUCAUUAUUUCAUCCAUUGUUUUUUUCAAUUUUCAUUACUUCAUCCAUUGUUUUCCAUUCAUUAUUUCAUUAUAUUGCUUUCCUUUCAUUAUUUCAUUCAUUAUUUCAUCCAUUCAUUUUUCAUCCAUUUUUUUCAUUAUUUCAUCUAUUGUUUUCCUUUCAUUAUUUCAUUCAUUGCUUUCCAUUCAUUAUUUCAUCCAUUGUUUUCCAUUCAUUUCAUUUCAUCCAUUGGCCAUUUUUCAUUAUUUCAUUUCCCAUUGCUUUCCAUUCAUUAUUUCAUCAUUGUUUUCAAAAUUUUCCUUUUCAUUUAUUAUUUCAUCCAUUCCAUUGUUUCCUUUCAUUAUUUCAUUGUUUUCUUGUUUUUCAUCCAUUCCAUUCAUUAUUUUUAAAUUGCUUUCCUUUCAUUAUUUCAUCCAUUGUUUUCCUUUCAUUAUUUCAUCCAUUGUUUUCCAUUCAUUAUUUCAGCCAUUGUUUUACUUUCAUUAUUUCAUCCAUUGUUUUCCAUUCAUUAUUUUGUCCAUUUCAUCUUUCCUUUCAUUAUUUCAUCCAUUGUUUUCCAUUCAUUAUUUCAUCCAUUGCUUUGCUUUUAUUUUUGCUUUCAUUAUAUUUUUCCUCCAUUUGUUUUAUUUCAUUCAUUAUUUUCCAUUGCUUUCCUUUCAUUAUUUCAUCCAUUGUUUGUUUUUAUUUCAUUCAUUAUUUCAUCCAUUGCUUUCCUAUUAUUAUUUGAUCCAUUGUUUUCUUGUUUUUCAUUAUUUCAUCCAUUGUUUCUUUCAUUAUUUCAUCCAUUGUUUUCCAUUCAUUAUUUCAUCCAUUGUUUACCAUUCAUUAUUUCAUCCAUUGUUUUUCCUUUUUCAUUAUUUCAUCCAUUGUUUUUCAUUCAUUAUUUCAUCCAUUUUUCUUUCCUUUCAUUUAUUUCAUCCAUUGUUUUUUCCAUUUAUUUUUUCAUCCAUUGUUUUCUUGUUCAUUAUUUCAUCCAUUUUUCCAUUCAUUAUUUCAUUUUUUCAUCCAUUGUUUUCCAUUCAUUAUUUCAUCCAUUGCUUUCCUUUCAUUAUUUCAUCCAUUGUUUUCUUUUUCAUUAUUUUCCAUUGUUUUCAUUCAUUCAUUAUUUAA